ACUCGAUAAGAGGCAAAGCUGGGCAUGCGCCCCCGGCCCCUCCGGUCCCCCAGAACCUGCGCCACCCCCCGGAGCCUCCCCAGAGCUGGCCGCGCAGGAUGGGCGCCCUCAGGGCCACGCUGCUGCCGCCGUCGCUGCCGCUGCUGCUGCUGCUAAUGCUAGGAAUGGGAUGCUGGGCCCGGGAGGUGCUGGUCCCCGAGGGGCCCUUGUACCGCGUGGCUGGAACAGCUGUCUCCAUCUCCUGCAAUGUGACUGAAUACGAGGGCCCUGCCCAGCAGAACUUUGAGUGGUUCCUGUACAGGCCCGAGGCCCCGGAUACUCCUCUCAGUAUCGUCAGUACGAAGGAUGCCCAGUUCUCCUAUGCGAUCUUCAAGCCCCGAGUGCUGGCGGGUGAGGUGCAGGUGCAGCGCCUACAAGGGGAUGCCGUGGUGCUCAAGAUUGCCCGCCUGCAGGUCCAGGAUGCUGGCAUUUAUGAGUGCCACACCCCCUCCACUGAUAGCCGCUACCUGGGCAGCUACAGCAGCAAGGUGGAGCUGAGAGUUCUUCCAGAUGUCCUACAGGUGUCUGCUGCCCCCCCAGGACCCCGAGGCCGCCAGGCCCCAACCUCACCCCCACGCCUGACGGUGCAUGAGGGGCAGGAGCUGGCACUGGGCUGCCUAGCGAGGACAAGCACACAGAAGCACACGCACCUGGCAGUGUCCUUUGGGCGAUCUGUGCCUGAGGUGCCAGUUGGGCGAGCAACUCUGCAGGAAGUGGUGGGAAUCCGGUCAGACUUGGCCGUGGAGGCCGGAGCUCCCUAUGCUGAGCGACUGGCCGCAGGGGAGCUUCGUCUGGGUAAGGAAGGGAGUGAUCGGUACCGCAUGGUAGUAGGAGGUGCCCAGGCAGGGGACGCAGGAACCUACCACUGCACUGCCGCUGAGUGGAUUCAGGAUCCUGAUGGCAGCUGGGCCCAGAUUGCAGAGAAAAGGACUGUCCUGGCCCACGUGGACGUGCAGACGCUGUCCAGCCAGCUGGCAGUGACUGUGGGGCCUGGCGAACAUCGGAUUGGCCCAGGGGAGCCCUUGGAACUGCUGUGCAAUGUGUCAGGGGCACUCCCCCCCGCAGGCCGUCAUGCUGCGUACUCUGUGGGUUGGGAGAUGGCACCUGCGGGGGCACCGGGGCCUGGCCGCCUGGUAGCCCAGCUAGACACAGAAGGUGUGGGCAGCCUGGGCCCUGGCUAUGAGGGCCGACACAUCGCCAUGGAGAAGGUGGCAUCCAGAACAUACCGGCUACGGCUGGAGGCUGCCAGGCCUGGUGAUGCGGGCACCUACCGCUGCCUCGCCAAAGCCUAUGUUCGCGGGUCUGGGACCCGGCUUCGUGAAGCAGCCAGUGCCCGUUCCCGGCCUCUCCCUGUGCACGUGCGGGAGGAAGGUGUGGUGCUGGAGGCUGUGGCGUGGCUAGCAGGAGGCACAGUGUACCGGGGGGAGACUGCCUCCCUGCUGUGCAACAUCUCUGUGCGGGGUGGACCCCCAGGACUGCGGCUGGCCGCCAGCUGGUGGGUGGAGCGAUCAGAGGACGGAGAGCUCAGCUCUGUCCCUGCCCAGCUGGUGGGUGGCGUGGGCCAGGAUGGUGUGGCAGAGCUGGGAGUCCGGCCUGGAGGAGGCCCUGUCAGUGUGGAGCUGGUGGGGCCCCGAAGCCAUCGGCUGAGACUACACAGCUUGGGGCCUGAGGAUGAAGGUGUGUACCACUGCGCCCCCAGCGCCUGGGUGCAGCACGCUGACUACAGCUGGUACCAAGCGGGCAGUGCCCGCUCAGGACCUGUCACAGUCUACCCCUACAUGCAUGCCCUGGAUACCCUAUUUGUGCCUCUGCUGGUGGGUACAGCAGUGGCCCUGGUCACUGGUGCCACUGUCCUCGGUACCAUCACUUGCUGCUUCAUGAAGAGGCUUCGAAAACGGUGAUCUCUCACUCCCCAGGUGAGGGAAAAGAACCCCCCGACCUUGUCUCCAUUGGGCCUCCACCUCCAAGUCCUGAACCAGGCUGCUCCCUCCCAGGCCCCACCUGGCGGAGGAGGAGGCAGCUCAGAUCAACAGGGCUCUGUUAAGGGGUGGGAGCUAGGAGGGAGCCCCCUUCACUCAGGGCUCUGUGUCCUUAGCCCACGCCGGGCGCCCUUUUCAGGUCUUGCAGGUGUUGACUGUCUUCCAGCCCAGCUCCAAGCCCUCCUCUGGUUGCCUGGACACCCUCUCCCUGUGUCCACCCUUCCUUUAAUUUAUUUGACCUCCCCCCACCCAGAAUAGGAGACACGGCUCCCCUUUCUCACUCCUUCCCUCCCAAGCCCUCCCUCUGGCCUUCUGUUCUUGAUCUCAUAGGUAUCCUAUAUAGGGAGACCAUUCCCUGUCCUGGAAUUAGUUUUUCUAAAAUGUGAAUAAACUUGUUUUAUAAAAAGUA